AUCAAGACAUCAAUCAUUAUCAUGAUAAUGUGAUUGAAAAAAAACAGCUGACUGAAAAGAUCAAAAAUAUAAUUUUAAAUAAAUAAAUUAAAUAUUUUUAAAAUAAGUAGCUGAAUAAUUCAAUGAUUCAUCAACAAAUUUAUCAAAAUUAAAUUAUUUUAAUUAAGAUUGAUCAAGAUCAUCAACAGGAUUCAUCAUCACAUCAUCAUGGAAAAUAAUAAAGAUGAUAAACGUGAUGUAGGUGGUAACUUUGAGUGUUCAUCAUGUAAACUUUAUGAAAAAUUUGAUUACAAAGGAACCAAGCCACCAUUUGCAAGAAAUAUAUUAUUUCUCGAAGAUUGUUAUGUAAUGAAGGAUCCAUUUAGUUUACCAAAUCGUGGUGAAGUACUUGUCAUUGGUGGUGAUUGUUCAAUUUGUAAUAAACAAAUUUGUUCAAAUUGCAGUAUAUUUUAUGCUAAAAGAUUUUGUAAUGAAUGUUUAACCAACAAUGUAGAUAAAUUUCCAGUUCAAUUAAUAACAAAAAUUAUAAAUACAAAUUAGAAAAUAAAAAUACAAAUUAAUUUUAAUGAAAUUUAUUAAAUCACUCAAUUUCUAUAUCUAAAUGAUGGACAAUGUUUUUUUUUUUUUUAAUCGUCAAACUUAUUUACAAAAUGUGUUAUAACAUUAAAAAUCGUUGAUCU